GUUACUUUCGUUCUCCCGAAAAGGACACCCAGCUAUGCUUUGAUACGUCGUGCUCGAGUGCUGUGCACAUGUCAUUCGGUCCAAGCUGUGAACCCGGCAAGAAGCUCCUUACGGGGAAUCUAUGUAGCGUUGGUACACGUUCUUUAAUAUUCCAGGUGUCGUUCUUGAAGAGCUGCCGUAUCUACCCUGCAAAAUCUAAUAUUACAGGCUUCUUUUGGACCCGCGCCGGCAAACUUUAGUCAAUAUCGGUGCCCGUUUGCUCCACACAUAUAUGUACCCUAAAGUUCCUCAAUUAUUGUUGCUGUAUUAAAAGACCACCCUCCGGCGCACUGAUGAUUAUCGUCGAGAAAUGGGUACAGCUCAUGUUGCCCAAGCUUUUUAACAUGGCAGCAAACUUUUGAUGGUGAAUCUAGGCCAACCUCUGUACAUGUUCUCGAAAACUCCCUGGGUAACAUCAGAAAAGCGCUGGCCUUCUGCCUUGAAAAAAAAAAAAAAGAAGAAACCUACUGUUCGGUUUCACUUGGCUCCGUGUAAGCUCCUGGACCCGCACCAGCGAAUGUGCUAGCUUGCUGCGCUAGUUUCAGCCACGUCGCACGUUCCCUAAAACUCCUCAAUGAUUGCGCCUUUCCAGAGAGGCCGCCAUCCGGCGCUUCGAUACGGCGUCGUCGAGUGAUGGGCACAGCUCGCGCGGCCGUCAGCCCACCACCACCACUGCCGUGACGACCCGCCGGUCCGUGUCGCCGAGCCCUCGCCGCCGUCUCCGGGAGACAUGAGGCGAACACCAGGGCCGGCUGCUGCCAGCGACCGGGGCGGCGGCUCGCCGAGGCCCCCGUCGUCUCAGCAGCAGCAGCUGCCGACGUCGUCGUCCCCGUCUUCCUCCUCCUCGAUGGUCGCCACGUCCCCCAUGGAGGACUUCGAGCCGGGCCAGCUGGUCUGGUUCGAUCCCGGGCUGGGCUACAGCCUGCCCGGAGAGGUGGUCGAGUUCUCCAAGCCCGCCCAGGUCGUCACCGUCCAGGCGGUCGUCUCCGGGAAGGCUCAAACGUUCACCAUCCACAAACUGUCCACCGUGCGCAAGAGGCAAGACCUGGGCACCGAUGGCGUCGAAGACAUGGUCAAACUGGCCGACCUGAGCGAGGCAGCGCUCCUGUGGAACCUCAAGAUCCGCUACGACAAGGAAAAGAUUUACACUUACACGGGCAGCAUCCUGGUGGCCGUGAAUCCGUACAAGAUGUUCGACGUGUACGGCGUCGACGUCGUCAACAAGUACCAGGGGCAGAUCCUCGGGACGCUUCCGCCCCACCUGUUCGCCAUCAGCAGCGCCGCCUACUCGAAGAUGAGCAAGGACAGCGAGGACCAGGUGAUCGUCAUCAGCGGCGAGAGCGGCGCCGGCAAGACGGAGAGCACCAAGCUGGCGCUGCAGUACCUGGCCGCGGUGAACCGCAGCCCGAGCAACCUGGUCACCGAGCAGAUCCUCGAGGCCUCGCCGCUCCUCGAGGCGUUCGGCAACGCCAAGACGGUGCGCAACGACAACUCGUCGCGGUUCGGCAAGUACCUGCGGCUCUUCUUCCGCGACGGCGUCAUCACGGGCGCCAACACCACCGACUACCUGCUCGAGAAGUCGCGCAUCGUCACGCAGGCCACCGAGGAGCGCAACUACCAUGUCUUCUACGAGCUCCUGGCCGGCCUUUCGGACAAGGACAAGGAGAAGUACGGUCUCCAGACGGCUGACAAGUACUUUUACCUUAACCAGGGUGGCGCCAUCGAGAUGGCAUGCAAGGACGACGCCGAGGACUUCCGGUCGCUGCUUUCGGCCAUGCAGGUGCUCGGCAUGAGCUCCGAGGAGCAGGACGCCAUCUUCCGCAUCCUGGCCGCCGUGCUGCACCUUGGGAACGUCUACUUCCACCGGAAGCCCCUCAAGCACGGUCAGGAGGGAGUCCAGGUUGGAAGCGAGGCGGAGGUCCGCUGGGCGUCGCACCUGCUGCAACUCGCGGAGGACGGCAUCCUGAGCGCGCUCACCACCAAGACCACGGAAGCACGCGGUGAGCGCCUGACGACCCCGCUGAACAUCGACCAGGCCCUCGACGCGAGGGACGCCGUGGCGAAAGCCCUGUACUCGGGCCUCUUCUCGUGGCUGGUGUGGCGCGUCAACCAAGCCGUCUGCCAGCGGGAGACGGCGAGGACCACGGCCAUCGCCAUCUUGGACAUAUUCGGCUUUGAGGACCUGAAGGAGAACAGCCUCGAGCAGCUGUGCAUCAACUACGCCAACGAGGCGCUGCAGCAGUUCCAGAUCCGGCAGGUGUUCAAGCUCGAGCAGGCCGAGUACAGCCGCGAGCGCCUCAGCUGGCAACCGCUGAGCCACUGCGACAACCAGGGGGCGCUGCAGUUGAUCGCCAAGCGGCCGCUGGGGCUGCUCGCGCUGCUGGACGACGAGUCCAACUUCCCCAAGGCCACGGACGCCUCGUUCCUGGACAAGUGCCACUACAACCACGCCCUGGACGAGCUGUACUCGCGGCCGCGCAUGUCGUCGCUCGAAUUCGGCGUGCGCCACUACGCGGGUCACGUGUGGUACUCGGUCGAAGGGUUCCUGGACAAGAACAGGGACACCCUGCGACCCGACGUGGUGCAGCUGCUCAUCUCGUCCAAGCUGCCCAUGGUGUCCCAGAUGUUCGAGUGGCGUCGGGCCACGGCCGAGGCCUGCAAGACGUCGAGCAAGGCGGACGGCCGUUUCGUCACCAUGAAGCCACGGGCGCCCACAGUGGCCGCCCGAUUCCACGACUCCCUGCAGAGUCUCAUGGAGGCCAUGGCGCAGUGCAACCCGUGGUUUGUGCGCUGCAUCAAGCCCAACAACGAGAAGGCGCCCAUGAAGUUCGACCUGGCCGUGGUGCUCGAGCAGCUGCGGUACUCGGGCAUGCUGGACACCAUACGCAUACGCAAGCUCGGAUAUCCCAUACGCUUCAAGUUCGCCACCUUCUCGGAGAGGUACCGAUGCCUGGUGCCCCCCAACCGUUUGGCCCGAGGCGCGUCGGCCAAGGACGUGUGCCGGGCAGUGCUGGAUCAGGUGCCCUCCGCGCUGUCAGACGCCUUCCAACUGGGCACCACAAAGGUGUUCGUGCGCGAAGCCCUCGAGCAGUACCUGGAGCAAGAACGCGUGGCCCUCCUGCGCGCCUCCAUCGUGGUCAUCCAGCGACACGUGCGAGGCUACCUGGCCCGAAGGCAGUACACGGCCAUGCGGGCCGCCGCGCUGCGGAUACAGGCCGCGUACCGCGGAUACGCCGCGAGGAGUCGCUACCGGACGAUUCGACGAGGCGUCGUCCGGGCCCAGGCCAACUACAGGAUGCUCCGGCAGAAGAGGGAAUACGACAAGAUCAAGGCCAUCCUGGCUCGCAAGCGAGAGGCCGACCGGCUCGCCCUGGAGCGCGCCAAGGAACGCAUGGCUCGGGACGAGCGAGCGUCUCGGGCCGUGGCCGGCGUCAACCACCUCGAGAUCCCGGCCGAGCUGGCCUUCAUACUCAGCAAGCUGGACGACUGGCCCGGAUACCCGGGCGCCGUGGCCAGGGCCCCUUCCUCUUCCACUUCCGGUUCCUCCUCCGCGGCGGCGGGGGUGACGCCGCCCCUGACGCUCCUGCCGCGCCAGCUGCCGGGCGACGUGGACCAGCACGCGUUCAGCAAGUUCACCAGCAUCUACUUCAAGUCGCACGUGUGGGGCAUGAAGCGGGAGCCGAUACGCACACCGUUCCUGGCCAAGGGCUCGGACGCGCAGCACCAGGAGUCCCUGGCGCUCUUCAAGCUGAUCCUCCGCUUCAUGAACGACGGCCACCUGAGCGGUCGGCGGGAGCGGGUGCUUGGCGACUACGUGGUGCAGCGCGCCCUCCAGGAGAGGCCCAUGAGGGACGAGCUGCUGUGCCAGCUGUCCAACCAGACCUGGCAGAACGACAACGAGGCCAACCGCCAGAGGGGCUGGCUGCUCAUGGCCAACUGCCUCGGAUGCUUCGCCCCGUCGCCCCUGCUCUACAAGUACCUGCUCAAGUACGUGUCGGACCACGGGGACAAGGACGGCUACGCGGCCCACUGCCAGCAGCAGUUGCUCCGGUCUCAGGGACGCGACGCGCGCGUCUACCCGCCCUGCAUGCUGGAGUGGCAGGCGAACGCCAAGAAGUGCCGCAUGGCGCUGCCCGCCGCCUUCCACGACGGCUCCGAUCCUUCGUUGGUGGCCGUCGACUCGUGGACGACGGGCGAGGAGUUCGCGGCGCCGCUGAUCCAGGCGCGGGGCAUCGACGACCUGUUCGGCUGGACCGUGGACCUGGAGCACGGCGAGUCCAGCACGUACGGCCUCUGCGGCGCCGACUACGUGCUGGACCUGAUCUCGGAGACCGAGCUGCCGCCGGCGUUCCCGGUCUGCAAGGCGUACUUCCUCGUCUCGCACGACCCGCGUGGAGCGGCCCCCGUGCCGGAGACAUCGCCUCACCAUCCGAGUCGCGUCAACACGUACGAGGUGGACCCGGCGGACGUGGCCACCCCUCCCCCUGCACCUCCCGUGCGAGUGUCCAGCCGCAAGGCGCCCAGCCGGUCUCGGGAGCCCAUACCGGUGCCGCCGCCCGUAGUGCCCACGGCGGCCGCCGCCGUUGGCGCUGCAGGUCGCAUGGAGGGAGUGCGCUCGCGUCGCUCCAUCGAGUCGCAGCCUCGGAACGCCGGUACGGACGGCUCCCUGGACCGCCGCGAUUCUCGCAUGGGCGGCCGCUCGGUCGCCUCUUCCUCUCACGCCCGGUCUCGCUCCAUGGAGGAUCUCCUGGAUGAAGGACCCCCGGACAGCGCCCUCUCCAAGCGAAGCGCCCUCAAUGGCCGCUACUUCGAGUUGGCCCGCGCCGAGUCUGCCGCGACCUCCGCCGGAGGGGCGCAGCAGCGCUGCGUGGCCACCGUCCACCACCGACCGGACCUGGACGACGCCGCGGGCGUCGCGGGCACUACGCCCUCGGGACGGUCCCACCACGACGACGCUGACGACGACGACGACGACGGAGGCACGUCGUGGGGCCUCUCGGCGUCGGUGCUCAACGAGCGGUACUUCUCCCGGAGUACCGGAGGUAGCAUGGUCCCGCCGUCGGCCUCCGAGACCGCGAGCGAGCUGAUGCUCGACUCGCCGCUCAACGGUCGUCCCGGCUCCGACCGCAGCGAGAGCCCGCAAGUGGACGCCAGGAGCGGGACGACGGACGCGACGCGCUACGUCAAGUACUCCGGCGGUUCAGCCGUUCAGGCCGCACGGCGCAAGGGUCCCCACUUGCACACGGCGAAGGCGCAGCUGGCCGGCCGCGCGGCGGCAGCUGCCGCAGCAGCCGGGACGUCGUCCGACUGCGCCCGCAGCUCGGCGCUGUCGGACACGUCCGAAGCGCCCUCGCUGGCGUCGCACGUGCGCAACGUGCGCAUACCGUCGCACACGUCCGACCUGGAUCAGUACCUGGACGACCUGUUCAACCCGGUCCUGCUGGACGGCGGGCUCGACGAGCUGAGCGACGCGAGGUCGCUGGCGGCGUCGCUCCGAGGCGACGACUCCGCGUGGGACGGCGACGACGAUAGCCUGAGCUCGCUUCAGGACCCGGUGCUGCUGACCAGGGCGCUCAAGGGAGAUGGGCCGUCGAUGGAUGCGCAGAAUGCCGGCGGGGCGCUGACCAUGGGCGCCAAUCUGGGACUUGGCAGUGGACUAGUCUCACCCCUGAUUGGCUUUCAGGCCAUGCAGAGCCCUUCAACAGGUCCUAUGACAGCCGGAAGCGCAGCCAGCGGGUCCGGAGCCCAGCAGAAUGCAGCGUCUCUCUACAACCUGCCCCUGUACAACGUUUCGGGCAUGACCGUGCCGAUUGUGGAUGCGUCCCAACUGAUCCAGCAGCAGGUUCUGCAGCAGCACAUGAUGCAGCUUCAGCAACGAGCGUUCCUCGCUAACGCCGUUCAGCAGAACCUGCAGAUACAGCAGCAGCUGAUGCAGCAGAGCGCCGCUCUUCAGCAGCUGCUCCAGUCAUCGGUGGUUCCCGCGGCUUCUCCGCCACCCGGUACCAGCGGGGGCGGUGGCCUCUUAGCCCGUGCCGCCAGCGCGAGCGACCCGAGCCACCACCACCAGCAGCAGCAACAGCAGCAACAUCAACAGCAGCUGUUGAGCCCUACGAUUCCCGGUCUCACUCCUCUGUCGCUGUCCAUCCCAACCAUCGACCCGACCGCAGCCGCACAGCAACGGCUCCUAGCGCCAGCGGCGGCGACGGCGGCGACCCCUAUCGCGGCGACCACGGCGCACCCGUCGUCACAUUUCGCAGGAGUCACGGCGGCGACCCGGGCGUCUCCCAGGGACGCGUUCGGCAGCGUUCUCAGCGAGCUGCGCUUCAAGGCGGACGGCGGAGCCGGCGGCGGGACCGGCGCGCCCCCGCCGCCGCCUCCUCCGCCACCUCCGCCCCCUCCGCCAAUGUCUCCGACCACCAUGGCCAAGUAUCAGGACGUCUACGGUCGCGCCAAGACGGUGCGCAUCGGCAAGUGGCGUUGGCCGCCACCCCGUGACGAGUCUGGAAACUGCCUGCCGGGUCAGCCGACGUCGUUCCUCGAGUUCAAGCGGCUUCGGCGCCAAGAGCGCGAGGAGCGGCGCGCGGCGGGCCUCCAGGACGACUCGAGCAGCGACGACCUGGACGACCUCGAUGACCUGGACGACGAAGACGAGGACCUCGUCGACUUUCCCGAGAUACAGGACAUGGAAGCUGGCGGCACCGAGGCCGGCUCGCCCAAGUCGGAGUCCGUGCGCACCCGGGGCGGCGACGAGGAGCCCAUCAUCCGGGCCUUCGAGGGCGAGACCCGGCCGGGCAGCGUGGGCAAGCUGCGCAUCAGCUCCGAGAUGAAGGCCAAGCUGGAGCAGCUCACCAUGGACCACAGCGUGCGCUCGCGGGCGUCCAGCCGGCGCCGCCGCGAGGACGAGCUGCCCGUGGCGCCGACGCCCACCACGCCCCCUGGAGGCGACAACCGCAAGCUGCGCGAGGAGCGCAAGCUGGCCCUGGAGCGACAGCUGGGCUGGCAGGACGCGGCAUCGGAGGCGCACUCCUUCCGCCUCGACAACCUGGUCAAGGCCAAGAUCCAGAAGAUGGAGAGGAGAUCGCAGCUCCCGAUGCGAGACAUGCGAGACGUCCGGGAUAUGCGAGACAUGCGAGACAUGCGAGAAAUGGCGUCGUCGCGGCCUCCCCGGGCUUCCGACCGAGCCGGCCUGGGUCCGCCGCCUCCACCGCCUCAACAUCAGCAGCAGCAGCAGCAACAGCAACAACAGCAGUCGAUCCUUCAACAGCAGCAACUUCCACCGCGAGGCGGAUCCGGUCAGUCGGGCGCCUCGUCGGUGGCCGCCUCGAGCAGCGUCUGCAUGCCCACCACACCAGUGGUGCCCCGUCACCGGGAGCCACGCCACCCGAUGGCUCUUCACACGGAGAAGCUGCUCGACGGCAUGGGUAGCAGCAAGGCCGAGGCCAUCGAGUUCGAGGACUGCGCCGAGUUCCUACAGCCGGUGGACGAGGCGCCUCCUCCCGCACCGGUAGUGCGCACCAGGGACAACUUGAAGACCCGCCUGUACCCGCCCAGCAGCGCCCCCUACAUCACCUACACCAAGGUCGAGUGGAGACUGAGGAUACGCAAGGAGGUGUUCCAACCCGGCGAACAGUUGCAGGAACCUCAGGCCCUGCACCUGGUCUUCUGUCAAGUGGUGGCUGACGCCUUCGGGCCGACCUGCAUCAGGCUGCGUGAGGACGAAGCCGCCAGGCUACGUACUUUAUGCGACUCUCUGGGCGUGAGCCCCUCGGCGGAGACCCGGACCCCCGUGCAGGCUCAGCGCAGCGUCGUAGACGCGGCGCGCGAGCUGCCCCUCUACUUCAGCCGCAUGUUCCCGGCGUCCGGGGGCCGGCAGCUGCCCGACGUGCACAUGGUCGCGGUGGCGCAUUCGGGCCUGCGGCUCGUCAAGAGGGACCCGCCGGGACAGCUUCGCGUGCUCGAAACCGUCCGAUUCGAAGAUAUCGCCGACGUGAGUGCUGCCAGACCGCGGACGCUCCAGCUGCUUCUCAGGCACGGAGGGUGGAUGACCAUCUACUCACCGAAGGCUGGCCACAUUCAAGCGUUGGUGCGUCGCUUCGUCAUGGAAGGCACUCAGGAAGUGCCGGAGUACGUGCAAGCGGUGGCCGACUACGUGACGACCGAGUCUACGCUGCUCAGCUUCCGCGAGGGAGAGCUCAUCCGGCUCAUCAAGCAACGCUGCGCCGGACUCGACAAAGGCUGGCUGUACGGCGUCACGGACACCGGCGACAGCGGCCUGUUCCCGUGCGAGUACGUGGCGCCGCUGUCGUCUGCUCGACCGCACGGCUUCUCGGCGGCCCCAGCGUCUGCCGUUGGUGCUCGGGGAGACAUGCGCUCUCCGUCAAAACACGCGCCUGCGCACAACGGAGCAACGACCUGGGUCGAGGCUAAGGACCACGUCGACAGCCUGGAAGAACCCGCCAUCGAGCCGAGCAACGGCGUCGAGAGCCACAUGGCCGACGGCAAGCACAGCAUGCUGCAGUACGCCAUGUUCAACUUCAGGGAGAGCCUCGACAGGUACGAGAUGCUCCGGGACCAGAACGGCUCGUUCCGGGGUUCCCUGAAGAUGCUGGAGGACCUCAAGGCCAGUAAGAAGGGCAAGGACUCCGACUGGACCUGGAAGGAGCUCGCCCAGCUCAUCAAGUUCUCCAAGUCUCCAAUCAAGGCUUCGCUCCUGAACCUCGAGUCGCCUGAACUGAACAAGCUUGCCAUAGAAAGUUUCCUAUCUAUCAUGCGCUACAUGGGUGACUACCCCAUGUCGAAAAACCAGUCCGAAGUGGACUGCGUCUACUCUAUCCUAGUUAGUUGCCAUAAGCAUCCCGCCCUGCGGGAUGAAGUCUAUUGCCAAAUAAUAAAGCAGACGACGAGCAACAAGAGCUCUAAGCCGGACAGCUGCCAGCGAGGUUGGCGCCUGUUCUCCAUCGUGGCCGCCUACUUCGACUGCUCCGAGAACCUCAAGCCGUACCUCUUCAAGUUCCUCGAGGCCGCCGCCUACGACAAGCGGAGGGCCUAUCACGGUACGGCCAUGGUGUGCCUGCAGAACCUGAGGAAGACGUUCAAGUACGGAGGCCGAAAGAACGUUCCCAGCAUCGAGGAGAUCGCGGCCAUAUCGGCCGGCCGCAACUCGAAGCGGCAGAUCUACCGGCUGCCCGGUGGCACGGAGCGCGUGAUCAACACCAAGUCGACGACCGUGGUGGAGGACAUCAUAGACGAGAUCUGCGGCAUCCUGGGCGUCCGGGGCAGCACCGAGAUGGACGAGUUCUCGCUCUACUGCAUCGUCGAAGGCGAUCCGCUGACGAUGCCGCUGAGCCGCGAGGAGUACAUCCUGGACGUGACGACGGAGCUGAUCAAGAACGGUCACGUGUUCUACCUCAUCUUCUGCCGCUCGGUGUGGUUCUUCCCGCUGCGGCUGGACAACCCGCUCUACGUCGAGCUCAUCUUCAACCAGGUGGCGCCCGACUACCUCGAAGGGCUGCUAUUGGUCCAGCCGCAGGGGCGACGCCUGCCGGACCCGAUGCUGGGGGACAUCGCGAGGAUAGCGGCCUUGCUUCACAGGGCGGCCGACAUGCAGCACGUUCCCUCCAAGGACGAAGUGAAGUACCUGCUGCCCAAGCCCGUGCUGGCGAGCAAGGACGUGAAACCGCCGCACUGGGUGGACCUCGUCCAGCGAAACUGGGCCGACAUGAUGGCUCUGACCAACACGGAGGCCAAGGCGCAGUGUCUAGAUAUUCUACAGAGAUGGCCGCUUUUCGGAUCCUGCUUCUUCGCCGUCAAGUGGAUUCGAAACGAGAAUGUGACGGCCGAGCACAUACUGGCCUUGAACAGGGAAGGCAUCCACUUCCUCGACGUCGUCACACAUGAGUCUGUGUGGAUGUACCCGUUCUCGGAGGUGAUAUCGACCCGCAAGGUUCGUGCCGAGGACGGCACCCUCUUCUUGGACAUGAAGUGCGGAAACCUCAUGGUGCAGAAGAUCACGCGCAUUCAGACGGACCAGGCUCACGAGAUAUCCAGGCUGGUGCGCCAGUACAUCAACAUCCAGCAGAGUCACCAGGGCAUCCAACAUGGCGGCGCCCCGCAGGACGUCACCCUGUCCAGGAACCUCAAGUGAAGAAGUACCACGAGCCACGAUAGGUCGCGAUAGACGAGAAAAACUUAUACAUCGACUUCAGUGCAUUCUAUUAACCGACUUCGACCGCGAAUGUCAUCCAGUUACGGUCGUAACUCCGCCCGUUCCCACAACCGACGCUACAGCGUUUUGUGUAGAGACGAAUACCUUUUCGUUCCCGUCCAACGACGUUUCGAAUGUGUGUGUGUGUAUGCGAGUGUGUGUGUGUCCUGGACGUUCUUCUUCAGCCCGAAGUUGGUACGUUGGAAGAAGUACAUAAUGUUCAGUUGUGCCCGGAUGGAGGCUUCUGCCGAAACCACGUGACCUCGUAUAACGGCUCCUUUUUGUUCUAUUCUUCUUCUUAUCGAGCGCGCGCUGCUUAUCUGUGUUGCGUUUUCGAACCCUAGGCGCCUGCCUGACAAAGUGGUCCUUAGAAUCACGCCUUAUCGUCCGAGCUCGUGUUGAAGGCAGAAAGAGAAAACAGUGCCUUAUAUAUAUAUAUAUAUAUAUAUAUAUAUAUAUAUAUAUAUAUAUAUAUAUAUCGCUACGCCGACGGUAUACCAUUUAGACGUACAACUCACCAAUGGGGAAACUUUUGCACAAGUGGAGAAUUUUUUUUUUUCUCUGAUACAUUCCGCUGCUCUUGGUGUCUCGUCAUCCAGCCGUUUUUUUUUUUUUUGACGCACUGUUUGUUGCCAAAACGGCCAUUUAGUCUUUCUCUCCUUCCUUUAGUGUAACGGGUGUUAGUGCGUGUGCAUGGACGCUUGGCACAAAAGUGACGUACUAAAGUAGGACAAAGAAUCUCGUUAACAUGAUUGCAGACUGGCACCGGCUGCGCAUGCGCGAAUCUCCUGUUACAAAUGCUCCGUCUCCCGCUUCGGAGCUCCUUGUACCGGCAGAGGUACAGACGUCGUAUGAAAAACUACGGAUUUCCAGCUGGGCGUCUCUUGACUUUCCAAUGUUAUCCUUUCUGUCCUGGGUUAGACACACAUUGCCUUACGUCAUCUACCUUCGCGUAACAUAGUUUUUCACGGUUUGUACGAGUUAUUAAAAAAAUAUAUACGGGAAAGGAAGGUGACGACGCCGAAAGUGCUUCCCAUUUCGCCAACAGCUGCCAAAAACUUUCUCUGGCGUUUGAGGGGACUUUUCGCGCCGAACUAAGAAUUUAGUUCAUUAAACCUUCCUUCACUUCGUUUAUUUUAGGAUAAAUUGACUACCACCAUCUAUGUGUGUUUAUAUACGUGCGCGUGUGUAUAUAUAUCUAUUUGUCCCUCUCCCCCUAUACCCGCUUGCGAAAGCAGCCUUUCUGAAAAACUCUGGAGAUGGGUGAGGAGGAGACAUUGCCGCUGUCUCUUUAGUGCCUUAGACUUUUAACAGAUUUUUUCACAGUGUUGACGUGCCUUUCUUUUUUCUUCCACGCGACGUAACAAGAUUACAGCUAGCCAGCCGCUGUGGGUGUUCUGGAAUGUGUAAUAGCAGAAAGGCUGCUUUCAAGCUGUGUGCUAUACAGUACGCAAUAAAGAAAGAACGCGAGUCUUGGA